AUGACGGGCAACGACCGAGGCGCAUUUCGCAGAGUCGGCCGCGGCGGCGCAGGCAACGUUUACCCGGCAAAGCACGACCAGGCUGCUGCUGCGGCCACAACAGCUGCCGACAGGGACCUCGAGCGGCAGGACGCCGUCGCCGCGACGGUCCAGGACCCUGCCGCCGCAGGGCAAGCCAUCCGCGCCGGCCGCGGUGGAGCAGGCAACUACGUCGACACGUCGCCGCUCCCGGGCGCAGACGACGCGGGCCGCAGCAUGUCACGACAGGUCGCGGCGGCAGUGGCCUCGAGUCGGAGGCGGCAGCCGCGCCGGGCGAUGGGCGGGCGAGGCGGCGCGGGCAACUGGACGGGCGAGGAGCACGAGCGGCGGCGGCGGCGGCUGCGGGGAGACGACGACGACGACGACGCGGCCGAGGAGCUGGAGCGCAAGGUCAGGGAGGCGGUGGACAAGGGGUUGAAGGUUCCGGAAAAGGUUCACCACGGACGGGAGAGGGAGGCGAGGUGA